AAUGUCAGGAUUGACCCCAGCAGCAUCUCCUUCGGCAUGUGGAAAGACGUUCCCGUCCCCUUCUAUAUGUCAGUGCACUUCUUCGAAGUGCUGAACCCCAAGGAUGUCCUCCGUGGAGAAAAGCCAGUGGUGAGCCAACGUGGACCCUAUGUUUACAGGGAGUUCAGGUAUAAAACCAACAUCACCUUCCAUGACAAUGACACAGUCUCCUUCCUGGAGUACCGGCAGCUCUUCUUCCAGCCGGACAUGUCCAACGGCACGGAAGACGAGUACGUGGUGGUGCCCAACAUUCUGCUGAUGGGAGCAGCUGUAAUGAUGGAAGACCUGCCAAACUUUAUGAAGCUUUUACUGAGUGGAGCCCUGGCUGGCCUGAAGCAACAGGCAUUCAUGAACAGGACUGUGAGGGAGAUCAUGUGGGGCUAUGAAGACCCUCUUAUAGACACAAUAAAUGCACUUGUUCCUGGCCUGAUCCCUUUCAAAGGAAAAUUUGGCUUAUUUGCAGAGGUGAACAACUCCAAUUCGGGGCUGUUCACAGUGAACACGGGCAUGAAGGACAUCAGUAAAGUGCACAUGGUGGAUUCCUGGAAUGGACUAAAGAAGGUGAACUACUGGCGGAGCAGCGAGUGCAACAUGAUCAAUGGGACCUCGGGGGAGAUGUGGCCACCAUUCAUGUCCCCAACGUCGCUGGAGUUCUACAGCCCUGAUGCCUGUAGAUCCAUGACACUGGUGUACGAGCAGUCUGGAAAGUUCAAGGGUGUGCCCACCUAUCGCUUCGUGGCACCAAAGACUCUCUUUGCCAACGGCACGGACUAUCCCCCCAACGAAGGCUUCUGCCCCUGCCUGCAGUCCGGCAUCCAGAACGUCAGCACCUGCAGGUUCAAUGCCCCGAUAUUCAUUUCCCAUCCUCACUUCUACAAUGCUGACCCAGCCCUGGUGAACGCUGUCGAAGGUCUGCACCCCAGCAAGGAGCAGCACGCGCUCUUCCUGGACGUGCACCCGAUGACGGGCAUCCCCAUCAACUGCUCCAUCAAGCUCCAGCUGAAUCUGUACAUAAAGCAUGUGCCUGGUAUAGUUCAAACAGGGAAGAUUAACCCAGUGGUCCUGCCGCUGCUGUGGUUUGCAGAGAGCGGAUCCAUCGAAGGCUCCGUCCUGCAGCAGUUUUACACCAACCUGGUGCUGAUCCCAUCCCUGCUGGACUACCUGCAGUAUAUCUUCCUUGGGCUGGGUGUCCCACUCAUUAUCUCAGCAGCUGUACUCAUGGCCACGAGUCAGGAAAAAUGCUAUUUGUUCUGGAGUAGCAAUAAAAAGACCUCAGACAGUAAUAAGGUCAACCAGGCCACCUCUGCCCAAAAGCUGCCUCCGGUUAAGGGGACGGUGUUGCAGGAAGCCAGACUGUAG